AUGGCAGACUCGAACCAGAGACCCUGCAAAGUCUGCUACAACGGCUCUCUCCGACGGUUCCUCAUUGCGCGACCUGCCAUCUGGCUAGACUUUGAGAACAAGAUCCGCAACGUGUACAGUCUCCCCGGAAACCUCGCCCUUGAUGUCCAGUACAAGGAUGAUGAAGGGGACCUCAUCACCCUCAACACCGACAGCGAGCUCGACGACGUCCUCGCCAUGCACACCAUUUUCACCCCCCUCGCCCCCGUCAAGUUUGACGUCGUCGCCAAGGGUCAGCCAAUGUUCCCCAGCAUGAGUUUCUUCUCCACUCGUGCCAGUUCUGUUGUCGAUGACGACGAGAUCCGCAGCCAGACUGCGCGCUCUCAGAUGUCCAACAGUUAUUCAUUCUAUCAUAGCGAUGACGUCUCGAUGAUUGAUCUGGAGGAGGAGAGAGACGAACAAGAGGCAGAGGCACAGCAGCCUGAAGACGCAUUGACCCCUUCGGUAGCAGAGACCCUUGAGCAGUCUAUCAGCUACCCUCAACAGGUCCUGGAAGACGCUGCACGUCUGCAGAAGGAGGUCGAUAGGCUGGAAGCCCUCAAGCUGGACGCCCCCAUCUUCACAAGCUCCCUACUGGGUGCUCGUGUCGAGGAUGCUGCGAGUGAGAAGGCUUACAGCGUUCAUGAUACCAAACAGUCCGUUUCAAGCAGUGUGUCGACUCUCACCGCCGAGUUUAAGGUCGACGAUGAGGAGUUCAGAGCAAGCAAGUCAGAGCAGAAAGUUCAGGAAGAGGAGGAAAUCCUCGAAGAGCGCAAGAUCGAGAUUGAGGCUGCAUCAGUCGCCUCCGAGUCGGAGAGUUUGCCUACUACGUCUACAGCAUCGACUUCUACCAGCGAGCACCGCAGUCUGAGCGACGACACCGCCUUGAUCGAGCAGUUCCAGUUGUUGAUCAAGGAGUUCCAGGAGAUCAUCCAGAACAACCCUCAGCUCGUAGCUUUGGCCGGACACAUUAUGACCAAGAUUUUGAGUAACGUCAAGGUUAACGUCGAGUCUUUUGCCAACUUCCUCCACGCACAGGCGCAGGCAGCCGCCCAGAACUCGCAGAGAUCUGCCACUGAGGCAUUCCCUCAGCUUCAAGAGGCCGCAGCAAGGGCUGCUGCUCAGGCUCAGGAGGCUGCAACCAAGGCUGCCGCACAGGCUCAUGAGACUGCUAUCAAGGUUGGUCAGCAAGCACAGGAGGCCGCUAUCAAGGUUGGUCAGCAAGCACAAGAGGCCGCUGCCAAGGCUGGUCAGCAAGCACAAGAGGCUGCCGCACAGAUCCACAGGGCCGCGACCCAAAUGCAAGAAGCAGCCACGGCCCCUCAGUCCCAGGAGUACCAGCGACCUCUUUUCCCUCAACACCCGCCUCAUCAACACCCUCGCCACCGCGGAGCCUUCAAGCCAUUUUACCCUCACCACCAAGGACAUAGCCAGUACAAUAAUGUGCUGAGCGACCUCUUUGGACAGCCUGUUGGUCCUCUGGCCCCCAUGGCUCCUAUGGCUCCCAUGCCUCCCAUGCCCCCUAUGCCUCCCAUGCCACCAAUGGCUCCUUUCCUCUCCUUCGCCCCACCUCCCCAGGCACCUGUAUCAGAGUCUGGGUCAUCGUCCUCGUCCUCCAGCGGUCUUGGAAGGAGCAACACCAUUCACAGCUCCAAGCCUUCGCCUUUUUCGCGAGGAUUCCCAUUCAACUCUGCUCUCCCUGCCAACCGUGUGAACACGACCUUCAAGAGUGACCGCCCUGUCGCCGGCGAUACUGAGGCCUCAAGUGCUUCUUCAAGCUCAACCCACACUGAAAAGGGCAAAGCUGUUGAUGCAAACACUCAGGCUAACGAGCAAGGAUCUCCUUCCAUCGUGAUGCCUGGAUCCUUCCCUCAGCAGCCACAGAUGUCAGAGCUCAAGCCCGGUUGGUCGUGGGCCCGUCUUCCCGAUGAUGGUCCAGAGCACGUUCAGCCUCCAUCGACACGUGCCAAGUACGGUUGGGUCUGGAACGAUGCUGGUGGUGAGAAGACCGAGAUUGUUGAUAACCAGGUCCCCGUCUCGUCUUUGUACACCAACCUGAACACGACGGAGCCAACCACUCCAGGAUCUUUCCCACAGUCGUCUGCCUCUGCCUCUGAGAAGUUGCAGCGUCGCCAGACAAUCCACCAGUUUGGCCGGACAUCCGCCAGCGAGAUUCAGAUGCAGGCCUCGACCGAGGCAACUGAGGACCUUGAGCAACAGGAGCGCAUUCUGAACGAACACCGUCAGUCCAUUGCUGCAGCUGCCCAGGAGGGUCAGCGUCGAGUUAUGGAUGAAGCGGCAUCACGGAUUGAGGAGCAAAGGGAGGAGAUGAAGAAGCAGCAGCAGGCAGUUGAGGAGCAGCGUCAGGCCCUUGAGGUUUUGCGUCGGGAGCAGGCUCAGCAGCGUCUUGACCGGAUGGCAUCUCGCGUCCGCCCCUUGUCACAUUCGGCAUCGAUGGGUCACCGACCCCCCGUCCGCCUUCAGGACCAGGGUCGUUCGAACAGCUGGUACUCUGCGUCUUCUACAUCGAUCUCAACUCCCGGUGAUUUCCCCACUGUGACUCGCCCUCGCGCACCUCCAGCCCGUGCACCGGCACCUGCUAUUGUUGUCCCUGCACCCGUCCCUACUCUAGUUGCUACUCCAGUUGCAACUCCCGUUCAAGUCCCAACCCCCGUCCGGGCACCAGCACCAGCACCAGCACCAGCACCACCAGCACCAGCACCACCAGCACCAGCACCACCAGCACCAGCACCAGCACCAGCGACAACGCCUGCUGAUGUGAACCCUUUCGCGGACCCAUCGGAGUUUGAGCUUGAGAUCCAGAUGCUUGUGUCGAUGGGAUUCCCCAACACGCCUGAGCUCCGCACCAUUGUGCGAGACUUUGGAGGUGAGGUUGAGGCCGUCGUCGAGCAUUUGAUCUCUUAG